AUGGUCUCUUGGAAUCUCUUCACCCUGGCCCUCGGGCUGUUCGGUUCGGCUCGUGCCUUUACCAACCCCAUCCGCAACCCGGGUGGUGGUGAUCCUCAGGUUACCUACUUUGACGGUUACUACUACCUCAUCUCUACCGAGUGGACCAACCUUCAGCUGUCUCGCGCAAAGACUAUUGAGGGUCUUAAGACGGCCACUCCCAAGGUCAUCUACACAGACAGCAAUGCCUCUCGUUGCUGCAACGUGUGGGCUCCCGAGAUUCACUACUUUGAUGGAAAGUGGUACCUCUACUACACUGCCGGAUUGGCUGGUGACAACCUGGAUGGCCAGCGCUCGCACGUCCUCAAGGGUGGAGCUUCCCCAUGGGAUUCUUGGUCCUACGGUGCCCAGCUCACCAACGACUGGGGCAUUGACGGUACCAUCCUUCGCUUCAACGGCUGGGGCAACUACUUUGUCUACUCCUGCAUGACUGGAGUCAAGCACCAGUCGACUUGCGUCCGAAAGCUCGGCUCCAACUACAUGUCGGUUGGAGACCUCAGCAUCAUCUCCCAGCCCGAUCAAUCCUGGGAGCAGUCCGGAGUUCCCGUGCAGGAGGGCCAGAACGCACUCUACUUUGGCGGCAAGACCUACAUCGCCUACUCUGCCAACUACUGCUGGACUCCCGACUACUGCGUUGCUCUGCUGGAGUGGGAUGGCAAGACUGAUCCCGCCAAGGCCGCCGCCUGGAAGAAGUCCAACGGCUGUGUUCUCAAGAGCGGCAACGGAAGCUACGGAACUGGACACAACAGCUUCUUCAGAAGCCCCGAUGGCAAGGACACCUGGAUCACUUUCCAUGCGACUUCCAACAAGAACGGCGCGUGUGAUGAUUCGCGAUAUGCCAUGGUCCAGCCUCUGACUGCCAAUGCUGACGGCACGCCCAACUUUGGAAAGGUUCAGGCCUUUUCUUAUCAAUGGGCAGAGCCCAAGGCCUAA